CAGCCAGCGUGACGAAGGUUCGGCCAGGCAGGUUCGCAGUUCGCCGAUCGCCUGUCGUACAGACCGGUCAGUCCGCAGAGACCGCUCGCAGUUGGCAUAGGCUAGGGUCAGGAAAAGCGCUCAACAUUCGACAACCCGUGUCCGUAAGCAUAAACCGUUUCGUUUGCCUCCGGAACCAUGGCUGGACUCAUCAACCUACGCCGCUACGGGGCUGCCCUCGUGCGGCAGCAUCUGCUCGGAGGCUCCAACCGUCGACAGCCCGUAAUUUAUGCUAAGGGCAGCGCCGCCCAACGAUCGCUGUACACGAGUGCCAUGCUCGAGCGCACCGUGUCCUUCCAUCUGUCCGACAUCGGCGAGGGCAUCCGGGAGGUGACGGUGAAGGAGUGGUACGUGAAGGUGGGCGAUGUCGUCGAGCAGUUCGACAAUCUGUGCGAGGUGCAGAGCGACAAGGCCUCGGUGACCAUCACUAGCCGGUACGAUGGCAAGAUCGUGAAGCUGCACCACGAUGUCGAUGAGAUUGCGCUGGUCGGCAAGCCGCUGCUCGAUUUCGACGUCGCAGACGAAGCGGAGGAUGAAAGUGGCAGCAGUAGCAGCAGUAGCGAUAGCUCAGACGACGAAUCGAAACCGGCAGCGGCGGGUGAGAAAGGUGCCUCCGGGCCGGAACCCUCCGGAAAGGUGCUGGCAACACCGGCUGUGCGCCGGAUCGCCAUGGAAAACAAAGUGGAUCUGGCGAAGGUGACGGCGACGGGACGCAAUGGUCGCGUACUGAAAGGGGAUGUACUCGAAUAUCUGGAGGUUAUUCCGAAGGGCACGGUCAAGCCACAUCCCACGCUUGCGAAGAGCCAACCAGCACCGAAGCCUUCCUCGACGACUCCGGCUCCGAUCGACCUGAAGCAGGCAGAGACCGUUCUUCCAUUGAAGGGUGUAGCAAAGGCGAUGGUUAAAUCAAUGACGGAGGCACUGAAAAUUCCACACUUUGCGUACUGCGACGAGGUGGACGUUAGCAAGCUGGUGGCGGUGCGCGAACAGCUUAAGGAGGAGGCCACCAGCCAAGGUAUCAAGCUAACCUACAUGCCCUUCUUCCUGAAGGCUGCGUCUAACGCGCUGUUAAAAUACCCGAUCCUGAACAGCUCGUUCGACGAAGCGAACGAAAGCGUCAUCCUCAAAGCGUACCACAACAUCAGCGUCGCGAUGCAAACCCCCCAGGGAUUGGUGGUGCCGAACGUGAAGCACAUCGAGCAGAAGUCCAUCCUGCAGAUAGCGACCGAGCUGAACGCGCUCCAGGAGCGCGGUGCCAAGGGUGCCCUAACGCCCAACGAUUUUGCCAACGGCACGUUCGCGCUGUCGAACAUUGGAAUCAUUGGAGGUACCUACACGCACCCGGUGGUGAUGACGCCCCAGGUUGCGAUCGGUGGGCUUGGUCAAACUCGCGUCCUGCCCCGCUUCAACGAGAACGGUCAGGUUGUACCGGCGCACAUCAUGGUCGUCAGCUGGACAGCCGAUCAUCGUGUUAUUGAUGGCGUCACGAUGGCCAGCUUUUCCAACCUGUGGAAGCGCUACUUGGAAAACCCGAACCUGCUGAUGCUGGGUGCGAAGUAGGGUGGAACGGGCACCAGCCUUCACAUACACACGAAAACGUUCGCUACAAAAACUGCAUUCCCCAUUUAACGUGCCGAUAUUGCAUUUACUAGUCUUUAAGAGCAAUACUAUCCCACUGACCGCGUGUUACCCGAUCCCUGGUGCAGGUGCGGGGAACCGUGGAAGGUGUCUAUCGAGCAGAGCUCAAACCGGACGAGAUCGCUAUGCUGUGUUUGUAGAUUAUUUACGGAAGAUAAGGUACCGAAAAUCAUACACUUGCGAUCAUGUCAAUAAACAAUA